GUGCAAUGACCCAAUACAUGCCUACAGAAAUCCUAGAUAAGGUAAGUCCAGAGGAAGUACCCAACAUCCAAAGUAUUGCACCAGAUACAGAAAUAGGCUAUUUACUUGAAGUUGAUUUAGAAGCCCCAGUGCACUUGUAUGAUUACUUUGCAAAUUAUCUUUUAGCGCCAGAAAAGCAGAUAAUACCAGAAAACUGGCUUAGUCUAUACAAUGAAAUAUUUGUGCAUGAUAAAAAUGUUGGAGAAGGGAAAUAUGUAUCUGGAGAAAAACUAGUUAUAAAGAUUCAUAGCGCUCUCAAGUUUAGGCAGUCUCUGUGGAUGAAGAAAUAUAUUGAAGAAAAUAUUCGUAAACGCAAAAUAGCCAAGGCAAAUGGGGAUGAGUUUGGGGUCAUGUAUUAUAAGCUAAAAAAUAAUGCAGUCUUCGGCAAGCAGAUGGAGAAUGUCCGUAAACAUAUGAGAGUAGAAUUACUCUGA